AGAAUCUGUUGCAGCCGCCGCGUGGUGUUUUGGCUGCUAGAUUCACAUUUAUUUUCCUUUUUAACGCGUGGAAAAUAAAUAAACAGCUACAAACAUGAGUUUGUACAACUUUAAAAAAAUUAUGGUGGUCCCACCAGCCAAGGACUUCAUCGACAUAAUGUUGUCCAAGACACAGCGCAAGACGCCCACAGUGGUGCACAAGGGUUAUAAAAUCUCACGUAUACGUGCAUUUUAUACGCGCAAAGUAAAAUAUACACAACAGAACUUUCACGAUCGUCUGUCGCAGAUAAUACAGGACUUUCCCAAGCUGGACGAUGUGCAUCCAUUCUACGCUGAUUUGAUGAAUGUGCUCUACGAUAAGGAUCAUUACAAGCUAGCGCUGGGUCAGCUCAACACAGCGAGACAUUUGGUGGACAAUGUGGCCAAGGACUAUGUGCGCUUGCUUAAAUACGGUGACUCGCUGUAUCGCUGCAAGCAGCUGAAGAAGGCUGCCUUGGGUCGCAUGGCUACCAUAAUGAAGCGUCAGGCCUCCAACUUAACAUACCUCGAACAAGUGCGUCAGCACUUGUCGCGUCUGCCCACAAUAGAUCCCUAUUCGCGUACUAUUAUCAUCUGUGGUUUCCCCAAUGUGGGCAAAUCCUCGUUUAUUAACAAAAUCACACGCGCCGAUGUGGAGGUGCAGCCAUAUGCCUUUACCACCAAGUCUUUGUACGUGGGACACACAGAUUAUAAAUACUUGCGCUGGCAGGUAAUUGACACUCCCGGCAUACUCGAUCAUCCGCUGGAGGAGCGUAAUGUUAUUGAAAUGCAAGCCAUCACAGCUUUGGCGCAUUUGCGUGCUUGUGUUUUGUACUUCAUGGACAUUUCGGAGCAGUGUGGUCACUCGCUGGAGGAUCAGGUGGCAUUAUUUGAAAGCAUAAAGCCGCUGUUCACCAACAAGCCGCUGAUUCUGGCCAUCAACAAAAUCGACAUAUGUACGCUGGAAGAGAUGCCCGCAGAGCGUCAAGCAAUUAUUACCAAACUGCAGGAGGACAAGAAUGUGCCAGUGAUGUUCAUGUCCACAGUGCAGGAGACGGGUGUGAUGGAAGUUAAAACAGAGGCCUGCGAGCGUUUGCUCUCGUAUCGUGUGGACCAGAAGAUGCGCACCAAGAAGGUGGACAACAUACUUAAUCGUCUGCAUGUUGCAAUGCCUGCACCACGUGAUGACAAAGUGCGUGCUCCUUGCAUACCUGAAUCAGCACUGGCGCGUCUUGAACAGAACGCUGUUAAGGCGGAGCGCAAACGCAAGUUGGAGAAGGAGAUUGAAGACGAAAUGGGUGAUGAUUACACGCUGGAUCUGAAGAAGAACUAUGAGGAAAUACCCGAGGAGGAGCGUUAUGAUGUUAUACCAGAGUUCUGGGAGGGACGCAAUAUUGCCGAUUACAUUGAUCCCGAUAUCUUUGAGAAGCUCGAGGAGCUGGAGCGUGAGGAGGGUCUGCGUGAAGCUGGCGGCGUCUACACGCUGCCUGACAUGUCCAUGGACGAAACACUCAAGGAGAUUCGCGAAAUGGCCAAACAGAUACGCGGCAAGCGUUUCGAGCUGCGCGACGAGAAGCGUUUGUCUUCCAGAAAGAACAAGCCUAUUAUACCACGACACAAGCAGCCCAAGGUGCGUGAUCGCUCUGUCAACAAACUGGUCUCCACCAUGGAGGGUCUGGGUGUGGACAUGUCUGGCACCGAAGCCGCCAACUUUACCAAAAAUGUGGUGGACUUACGUCGCGGCGCAGUCGCUGUUGGCGGCAAGGCAACUAUUAAGAAGCCACUGCUUGACAAAGAAUCCUCUGCUGUGGUUAGGAAGACCGGCCAGCCACUGAAGCGUGCCGCUGAGCGUCACUCGCUCGGCAUCAAGGACUUGGCUAUACGCAAGAAGGCACAAGUUAUGGCCAAACGGGAUAUUGCCAAACUGGUUACACGCACAACACGCAAGGGCGAGGCAGAUCGUUUCAUUGGCACCAAAAUGCCCAAACACUUGUUCUCCGGCAAGCGAGGCUUCAAGGCCGAUCGUCGUUAAGUCGUCGCUGCUUCGCAUUUCCAACUCUUGUUGCUCUAGAAUAUGUAUUUUUAUAACUAAACCCCUUGAAAACUUUUACCUUCAAAUACA